CCAAAAUAAACCUCUCAAGAUCAAAUCUAGAAAUCAGACUUUUCUGCGCAUGCGUGGCUGCUGGGUGGGAAGUAUAUAAGCGGCGCUGCAAAGUGACACGACCACACCCAUCGCGCACUUCAGUAUGGAAUACAAGGCAAGUUUGGUGUUGGUGGCAAGCGUGGUGGCCCUCGUGUCCGGGGAAAUUAGUCAUCAUGUUAAGAGUUCUCUGCACCGCCCGAUCCACGCACUCAGCCAUCUUCCUGUGGGGCAUGCUGCUCCCGUGCAUCAUGGCACUGCCUUAGCUCAUGCUGCCCCUGUACAUAUUGCUGCCCCUGUUCAUCAUGCUGCCCCCGUACAUAUUGCUACCCCUGUCCAUCAUGCUGCCCCCGUACAUAUUGCUACCCCUGUUCAUCAUGCUACGCCUGUACACCAUGCUGCCCCUGUACAUAUUGCUACCCCUGUUCAUCAUGUUGACGCUGUACCCCACGUUGCCCCUGUACACCAUGCUGCCCCCGUCCAUCAUGCUGCCCCCGUGCAUCAUGGAAAAGGAUAUGCUCCGGUUUAUCCUGACACUCCUCCACACUACGCCAAUGAGUACGCCGUCAGCGACGACUACGCCGGCACCCAUUUUGGCCACUCGGAGGCACGCGACGGCUACAAGACGGAGGGCAAGUACUUCGUACACCUCCCCGACGGCCGCGUCCAGACCGUCACUUACUACGCUGACGAGACUGGCUACCACCCCACCGUCUCCUACGAGGGGACGGCCCACUACGACGCCCACGCAGCCGUCCCUCACCACGCCCCUGCCAAGGCUUACCACGCCCCUGAACCAGCAUAUCACGCCCCUGAGCCUGCAUACCACGCCCCUGAACCAGCAUAUCACGCCCCUGAGCCAACUUAUCAUGCCCCAGUUCUACCCACCUAUCAUGCCUAAGCUAAAGAAGUAUUCUUUGUGUACCAAAAGUUCAAUGAACAUUGUCAAUAUUUAAAAGACUUUUGUAUAAUA